CAUGGCACCAAAACAAGGAUUCGCCUGCAUUACCCAGUAUGACUGGAUUUAUCUGAAUCAUUUCUCUCUCUCUCACACACACACACACACACACACAGAUCUGACAGACGUUCAUUCAUGUAGAACACAUGUGGAACAUGUUUUCUUCUUCUUUGAUUUUUUACAAUUUUCCUGAUUGUUGCACCAGACGUUUGGCAGUUCAGAACGCAGUUGGUCUAUCCGAGAUUAACAUUUCAGUGCACUUUAUCUGCCAGGCAGAUGCAGACUUGUAAACCACUGCAUCUACAUAUUCACAGAUGCACAAAGUCGCACGCACAUACACAGUCCUUAAAAGACCACUCAUGACUGACCCAGCCGGGGAGUGUUGGGUUAAUCCACAAAGCGGUGAGAUUCUGAUGCAUACCCCAACAGAGAGGAUUACCCUCCCAUCCUCUCCUCCAUCAGCCCAUCCUCAUGCACAUACACUCAUCAUAACAAUCCAACAUUAACAGAUGUGCCACUCUCAGCUCUCACUACUACCGGGAGACUGGGAGAGAUGGAGAGAGGGAGAGAUUUACAGGAGGGCUGCAGAGCCAAUUAACUCCACGCUGUGCUGGUCCCAGCAUCGUCGCAUCCAGGGUGGACUCGACCAGCUGACUGCAGGAUGCAUGGAGUUAAAGCAUUGCCUCCUCUUUGAGCUUCUCCUUCACCUUUGAAAAGUAAGAGUGCAUGAGAAGAUACAAAACCAGGAAUAGAGAAGAAAAGAAGUCCAAGCAUCUUUCAGGAUGUGAGUAAGCACAAAGCUCAUCUUUACCUUCACAAAAAGCAUUGGAGGAGCAGUUUUUUUAAGGAUGGGCCCGUGUGUCGGUCUGCUACCUCUACUGCUGCUACUUCCCAUCCUGCUCUCUGCUCAGCUCACCACUGUGUCUGAACUUGAGGACACAUCCAGCUUGGAGUUCAGCCCAACUCCUCUUCUUACCGACCCAAAUACUGUAGCAGGGAAAAGCUCGACUUCCAGUGCUCGACCCACCAGUCCGGCUCCAGUAAAAGCGAGCACGGAGAAGGAGCAGUCUGCCGCGGAGAGCUACCUCUACACCGGAAAUUCAUCUUCUUUGUCUGCCUCUUCCUGCACACAGAGUUUCCAGCUGCCUGUUCGACUGGGAUCUCUGCCUAGAGACCUUCUCCCUCUCUUGCACCAACCCAUAGCAUCUCUGACCAAUGCUGCCAACUUUCUCAACCUGAUAUUCCAAGCUAGUGAGCUGAGAGAAACGAGUGUACAAGAGGAUAUCGAGUGGUACCAUGCACUGGUGCGGGCCAUGCUUGAAGGGGACAGGCCAGGCUUGGUCAGACGAGCUUUUUUAACAUUCGAUGCCGACCCCACAAUCAAACAGCCCCAACUGGUGCUCCGUGCCUCCAAAGGCACAACCCAAGACAUUCUUCUGCAGGACCUGACGUCUGCCUGGAGCAGCUUCCGUCCUCCUGCACCUGACCAACGCUGGUUUGAUAUGUUUAAGUCUAGCUCUCCACCCCUCCAUGCCUUGUCGAAACGGGUUCUUCUAAAUGACCUAAGCACCCUAGACACUCCCAAGUGGGCACGUGGGGAUAGUUAUGUGAUCAAUAGCAGUGGGGUUCGGUGGGGUGAAGCCCCUUUCCUUGAGUGCAUUGAUGGCCGUUUUUUGCCAGGGUGGUUAUUCAGUCUCUCAAUGCCAUUUUAUGGGUUGAAGCCAGACCUCAACCCAGAGUUCAGGGGUGUUAUCCGUGUCGAUGUCAACAUCCAGGGAUUCAAUGUGGAUCAGUGUGCCAGUGGAGACUUCUGGUUUGCAAACACACACCAAUGUAAUCAGACCAGCAUGGAGUGUGAAUCCAUCCCGCAGCAGGGCUUCCGGAUGGGUCAGUACUGCUGCCGAUGUAAAAAGGGCUACUACAGUCCAAAUCCAGACACAGAAAACAAAAGGGGCAACCGCGUGAAUAGUACUCGAGCUUGUUACCCAGAAGUCCCUGUGUGUCUGCCCUGUUGGCCCGGCUGUGAUGAGUGCGAGGAUGGAACCCCGUGUUGGGUGCAGGAAGACUGGCUUCUGAGGACGGGUGUCCUGGCUGUGCAGGGCCUUUUCAUGAUCCUUGUGGUGGUCAGCAUGUUGCUGGCAUACCAGUCCAGGAGAACCAAGCGGAUCCGAUCGUCAGGGCUUUUGCUGCUGGAGCUGAUCCUGUGUGGCUCUCUGUUGCUUUACUUCCCAGUCUUCAUUUUAUACUUCAAGCCCAGCACUUUCCGGUGUAUUCUGCUCCGCUGGGUCCGUCUGCUUGGCUUCGCCAUUGUCUAUGGGACUGUGAUGCUCAAGCUGUACCGGGUGCUGAAGGUGUUUCUGUCGCGUACAGCCCAGAGAGUACCAUACAUCACUACUACAGGUGUGCUGAGGAUGCUGGGAGUUAUAGUGCUUACUGUCAGCUGGUUCCUGUGUGCGUGGACCGUGGGCGUCCUUCAGAAUCGAGACAGGAAUGUUCCACUGCUGAUCAUUUCCACCACCUCAGGAGGACAAGGCUUCAACGUGUGUGACCUGGACCGGUGGGACUACAUGAUGGCUGUGGCGGAGCUGUUAUUUCUGUGCUGGGGCAGUUUCCUGUGCAGUGCAGUGAAGACGGUACCCUCAGCAUUUCAUGAACCGCGUUACAUGAGCAUCGCAAUCCACAAUGAGCUACUGCUCUCCUCUGUGUUUCAUCUUUUCAGAUUUGCAAGACCAUCAGUUCAUCCUGACUGGAUGCUCUUGCUGUUCUUCACUCACACGCAUGUCACAAUUACUGUAACGCUCGGCCUGCUUUUUGUACCCAAGUUUCUCCACAUGUCUCGGACCGGCCGAGAGGAAAUAGCUGCAGAAGUAUAUGAGGAUGAGGUGGACUUGCGACGCUCAUGUUCUUACCUCAACAGUAGUUUCAACUCUAACUGCUGGAGUGACCACAGCCUGGACCCUGAUGACAUUCGGGAUGAGCUGAAGAAACUGUAUUCUCAGCUGGAAGUCCAUAAGACCAAGAGGAUGGCAAACAGCAAUCCCCACCUUCCGAAGAAGCGCAGUUCUCGCCUCAGCAUUGGACGGUCCCUUAUAAGACGGAUCAGUGAGAUCCCAGAAAGUUUAAGCAGACAAUGCAGUCGUGAAGAUAAGGAUGUCAAUGCUGCAAUAGGAAGUAUAACCAGAUCAGGAUCUUAUUACAAAAGUCAUCAGACCACAAGCAUUAACAAGAUGAAUGAAACUUUAAUGCAGCCCUCUCCAAAGCUGCGGAAGUCCCAUAGUGCCUAUGAUUGUACCCCAGAAAGGGAGGUCUCCCUAUUAAACUCCUCCAUAAGGGGCACAGAGAAAAGGGUUUCACUGCAUUCUGAUUCAGGAUCCAUCAAUGCAACAUUGCUGGUCUGCAAGUCUGCCAGUGCCCACAAUCUAUCGGUAGACACUAACCUUCUACUUCCAGAGCCCAGCAGGUUUCAAAAGUCACUUAGUGUCAUAGAACGCAAUGACCAUCGCUCUGUGACUUCUUGUAGAAGCACUGAACAUUUGUCGCUUGUUGGCAAAGCUGCUCCAGAAGUUAAGCGCCAGCUAACUGUGGAUGUUGAUAUAAAGAGGCAGACUUCAAGUGCCUUGCUCUCAGAGUCAUUUGACAAGGCGGAGGUCUGCCCGUGGGAGGUUCCAGAGGAGCUCCCUGCAAACAAGAACCAAAAACAUGUCACAUAUUCCAUUUCGAAACAAGAAGAGCCCAAAUCACCUGGUGCUACCAUGUCACCAACGAUGUUAUAUGUUUGUCCAUGGGAAUUCUUGCCACCUCCUGCAACAGAAACUGGGAAUGGUAUUCAGUCUGAUGGUGAUUCCACAAAACCCAAGCCUCUGAUCUCCUCUAGCGCUCCAGGGUCACCACACACAAUCUCCGGCAAGAACAAGGGCUUUCAGGUUUUGUCUUUCCACUCCACUACCAAAAGUCUACUUGCAGCGAAAGGCAUUGGGGAAGUUGGAAGAAGUAUGAGCAGAGAGAAAAGCCUACAAGAGAGUAAUGUUAGGGAAGGAACACUACAGAAAUCUUUGUCUACUUCCAUGAGACUGUGCCCAGGCAGUGCAGCUUCAGACAAGCGUACCCCUCAGACACACAGACGGGCUAUGACUACUGUAGGCACAAAGCCUUGCCUUGUCAAACAAACAGCAGUACGGCUGCCAUCUACUGAUUCUCCUGAAAGGAGUCCCAAACAUUCUGCUCCAGUUCACAUCUGUCCAUGGGAGUCAGAGGAGGUGGUCUUAGAGAUCAGGAAGCAGAAUUUGAAUGACAACGUAUUACAAAGACAGUAUAGUGACAAGCAAGUAAUAUCUGUGACACUAAGUAAUGAUGUCUUCAAACCCCCUGAGUUCCAAGUGAAAUCAUUAUUGGGUGUUCCUAAUACAGAAGUAUGUCCAUGGGAUGUCCCAAAACCUUUUCAGCAAACCAGCAUUUCUGAAGUCUGUCCUUGGGAGGUUGUGGAAGUAGAGCAAUUGCAAACCCAAAACGUACAUACCGAUGUCUGUCCUUGGGAAACAGAUGGUGAGCCAUCAAGAGUCACUGAAGACAAUAUACAUAAUACCAGUGUUGAAGUUCCUAUGUCUGAAGACACCCAGAAGCAGGUAAAUGUGAAGCCUGAAGCAUGCUCUUCUUGUGUACUAGACACAAAUAUCUCUCAGGUUAGACAGGGAUCCAUCAAAACCUCUAGUGACUCAAUAAAACAUGGUGAAAGGGUCAUUUAUGUUAAUGCAAAACAGAGUCCAGAAGACCAAGAGAUGCAGAGACACACAGGUUCAGAGGAACCAAGUUGUAUACUGAAACAAGAAAUGAGUGAUUUUCCUGAACCACCACCUCCUGUAACUGAUGUAAGUUCUUUGGAGUCUGAACCAAAAGACACUACAAGACAGUCAUUAAAAGAGACCAUGCCUAAGAAAGCAACUGUUUGCCCGUGGGAAGCGGAGGAUUCUGGGAUGUCGGAAGAGAAUGUGGGUGCUACAAACAAGGGGCCAGUUCAUGUAAAUGUGUGUCCAUGGGAAGCAAGUGACUCUGUGAAGACCACACAGAAACAAGAAAGUGUCUGUGGAGAUGUCUGUCCAUGGGAGACAGCAGAGCCAUCAAAGACAAUGCAGAAACAAGAAAGUGUCCAUGCAAAUGUUUGUCCUUGGGAGACAGCAGAGACAUUAAAGACAAUGCAGAAACAAGAAAGUGUCCAUGCAGAUGUAUGUCCAUGGGAGGCAAGUGAGCCAGUUAAGACCCUGCAAAAGCAAGAAAGUGUCCGUGCAGAUGUUUGUCCUUGGGAGACAAGUGAGCCAGUCAAGACCCUGCAAAAGCAAGAAAGUGUCCAUGCAGAUGUUUGUCCUUGGGAGACAAGUGAGCCAGUCAAGACCCUCCAGAAACAAGAAAGUGUCCAUGCAGAUGUUUGUCCUUGGGAGACAGGUGAGCCAGUGAAGACCCUCCAGAAACAAGAAAGAGUCUACUCAGAUGCCUGUCCGUGGGAGGCAAAACAAUCACCCAAACGAUCUUUGCCACAAGACUGCACUCAUGCCAGCUCAUCAAAAAGGCAAGACAGUGCUCAAGAAUCUGUCCGUCUCAAGGAAAAUGAUAUGGGAACACCACCAGCAAUAGAAAGCAGCACAAGUCAAACUGCCCCAGAUAUUAGUGAGAUACACCCUUCAGACACAGGCAUACAGACAGCAGAAGAGAUGAGAGUUAACCCUCCUCUGGCUCGACGGGAUGCACUGUGCCCUUGGGAAAUGGGAGGGGGCAGACAAGAAUCUAUAACAGUGCAUGAUAAUUUAGAUGUCUUCACUUGGGAGGAGACAAUACCAGAGGAAGAUGAUGGUGAUGCAGAAACUGCUGCAGAGGCCUUCAUCUUCCCUCCAGACUUGUGAACUGCCAGGGCAGUAUCAUUGUGCUUUAAACUGAUUAAAAGACUUGUUGUGACAAAAUGGACCACUGGUCACACUUUUCAGCUUCAUGCAGAAUGUCCCUCCAGUGUCAUCAGGGCAAUUCACUGACUGUUAUUUAAGAAAGGACUCCACCUAUGCCAACUUUCUCCCUCUUCAGCUUAACAAACCAUGUCUGAAGACUGACUGCUCUCCUGUGCACAUUCCCUUUUGGCCUUACAUUAACAAAAACACCCCAUUUAAUUUGGUAUUGUUUUGUGUGUAUUUGUGUUCAUAUGGCUAUGUAGAUUAUAUUUUCAGUAAAUCCUUCAUCACCAACAUACCCUGGGUGGAAUGUUUAGAAAGUCUCAUUUAACAAAUUUUCAGUCAAAAAACAUUGGA